CAACGGCCAAAAUCUGCAAAGCCACAGUCGAAGAUCGCCCCUUCAACCGGACACAACCGGACAAGACAGUGCUCUCUAAAAUUGUAUACACACCAACUGGUCGACAUGAAGGUUUUCGUUUGCCUGUUGGCCUUGUGCGGAUUGGCCCACGGCGGCUUCCUGGGCGGCGGCAGUGCCGUUAGUUCCGGCUGGUCCUCCGGCGGAGGAUAUAGUGGAGGCGGUGGUUACGGCGGCGGUGGCGGUGGCCAUGGAGGCGGUGGUUAUGGAGGCGGUGGCUAUGGAGGUGGCGGCCAUGGAGGCGGUGGUGGCUAUGGCGGCGGUGGCACCGUUAAAAUCAUCAAAGUAAUCACCGAUUCCGGAGCUGGAGGCGGCUACGGUGGUGGUUAUGGAGGCGUCGGCGGCUAUGGAGGCGGUGGCCAUGGAGGUGGCUGGUCCUCUGGCGGAUCCGGUGGCUAUGGAGGCGGUUACAGCAGCGGUGGCCACGGAGGCGGCUGGUCCUCCGGUGGAGGCGGCGGCUACGGAGGUGGUGGCGGCUACGGAGGCGGUGGCAACGUCAAGAUCAUCAAAGUCAUUUCCGAUUCUGGAUCUAGCGGCGGUUAUGGUGGUGGCGGCAGCUACGGCGGCGGCCAUGGCGGUGCCGGUGGCUACUCGUCCGGCUGGGCUCCCUCGGGCGGAUGGGCCCAGAGCGGUUGGUAAACGAUAUCCAUAGCCAACAUUUGUUAUCUUACCGUUCAGUUCGCAAUGUAAAUACUUUUCAAUUAAUAAACAAAAUUAUAAAAAUAAAAAAA